UAGUGUCUAGUGUGUGAGGAUACGUCAUAGUUUCUAAAGAGAGACCGGUGUGUUUUGUCGAAGCAGAAGGUUGAUAUGAUUGUCGAAGCAGAAGGUUGCUGUGAUUGUCGAAGCAGAAGGUUGAUGUGAUUGUCGAAGCAGAAGGUUGAUGUGAUUGUCGAAGCAGAAGGUUGAUGUGAUUGUCGAAGCAGAAGGUUGAUGUGAUUGUCGAAGCAGAAGGUUGAUGUGAUUGUCGAAGCAGAAGGAUGAUGUGAUUGUCGAAGCAGAAGGAUGAUGUGAUUGUCGAAGCAGAAGGUUGAUGUGAUUGUCGAAGCAGAAGGUUGCUGUGAUUGUCGAAGCAGAAGGUUGAUGUGAUUGUCGAAGCAGAAGGUUGAUGUGAUUGUCGAAGCAGAAGGUUGAUGUGAUUGUCGAAGCAGAAGGUUGAUGUGAUUGUCGAAGCAGAAGGUUGAUGUGAUUGUCGAAGCAGAAGGAUGAUGUGAUUGUCGAAGCAGAAGGAUGAUGUGAUUGUCGAAGCAGAAGGUUGAUGUGAUUGUCGAAGCAGAAGGAUGAUGUGAUUGUCGAAGCAGAAGGAUGAUGGGAUUGUCGAAGCAGAAGGUUGAUGUGAUUGUCGAAGCAGUAGGUUGAUGGGAUUGUCGAAGCAGAAGGUUGAUGUGAUUGUCGAAGCAGAAGGUUGAUGUGAUUGUCGAAGCAGAAGGUUGAUGUGAUUGUCGAAGCAGAAGGUUGAUGUGAUUGUCGAAGCAGAAGGUUGAUGUGAUUGUCGAAGCAGAAGGUUGAUGUGAUUGUCGAAGCAGAAGGUUGAUGUGAUUGUCGAAGCAGAAGGUUGAUGUGAUUGUCGAAGCAGAAGGUUGCUGUGAUUGGAUUUUUAGAUAUAGAGCACAAACUAAAUGUGUGUGUGUUCCAGAGCAAAGGGGAUGCGGGUGAAGUUGAGCCACCUGGCUGACAAACAGGAGUGGACACAUCACAAACACAGGGUCCAUGAGGACAGGACUCUUCAGGGUCUGGAGUCUCUACUCAACGGCAAGAUUGGCCAGAAAGCUUUCCUCUGGUUCCUGCAGUCUGAGUUCAGUGAGGAGAACCUGCAGUUCUGGUUGGCCUGUGAGGAGUACAGGGUUACCCCCCCAUGGCAGCAGGGGGCCAAGGCCCAGUCUAUGUACUGCCAGUACAUCAACCCUGGUUCACCACAGGAGGUGAACCUGGAUGCUGAGACCAGGGAGGCUCUACUGAGAGUGAUGGAGGAGCCUGCAGGCGACACAUUCCACGAGGCCCAACAACACGUCUACCACCUGAUGGCCAAAGACUCUUAUCCUCGCUUCCUGCGCUCCCCACACUGCCUGGAGGCCCUUAGGGUUCCUUAGAUAUUCCACAGCGCCACCUGCUGCCCCGGAGGACCACACAACAACAUAAUAACAAGCGGUGUUUUAUAACUACAUUAGAACUUAUAUCAUUUAUAUUUAUUCUCAAGUCUUAGUAGACACUCAUAUGUGAGUAGUAAGAUGUUUGCGUUUAUCAUAAAUGUGGAAUAACUAUG